UCCAAAAGGACCAAAACUCAUUAACAUACUUAAGGAUUACAUGAAAACUCUUCCCUUUUUCCACCUAACUUCACUCCCUUAAAAAAAAUGGUUGUUUUUGCUACUCUUCAAGGCUCUCUUCUACGAUCCCAAUUCCUAGGCCAAGAUAAUCACUUCCCACUCAUAAAAAAAACUUCAAUAAAACAUAAAAGUCAACCACAACCACGUGCUGAGUUCAACAUACUAAAAAUGAUGGGAGGAAGAGGAUUAUGCAAUGGAGAAAAAGGACUUGAAAAAGAGCUUAAAAGGAAGGUUGAUAAAGAGGAAACAACAUCACCAUCCAAUGAAAAAGUGGAAGAAAACUCUAGUGAUAUUGAUGAAAUACCAAAAGAUGGUUUUGACAAGGAAAUGAUGGGGCUAACUGGAGGGUUUCCUGGUGGUGAAAAAGGGUUGAUCAAGUUCAUUCAGGAUAAUUCACCUAGGAGUAGGAAUUCUUCUGAUGACCCUGUCAUUAUGAAAGAAAGUAAUCAAAGCUUUCUUGAAGAAUCCAAAACAUCAUAGUUCAAAUCUGUUUCUGUCCACUCUUAUUUGAUGUAUAUGUUUUCUAAUAUGAUUUUUGACAAUUCAAACUUGGAUCAAGUUUUUAAUUUAUUUAUUUAUGAGA